UAAUGUGCACCUCACAGACUUCAAAUCAAGCGCUAAGCCGAGAGAGCAAAUGGAAAAAUACUUGAAUAUUCAUUCAGCAGGUUAAAAGGCAGCUGUUGUGUUUUUGAUCCGGAUUCACGCUUGGAAAGUCAUUUCUGAGUUACUGGGAUUUGUGAUAUUUUCUGAUAAUUAGCCAACUUUUCACACUGCAGCAGAGGUUCGUCUACUCGCUAAAGAUAUUUAGAGUUUGAACCAGUUCUAUAGCAAAAAGUCAUUUGUUAGUUUACUCAGACAGGGGUACUUCAAGGGAAUGUUAAAGGACUGAUAACAUCAAAACAGUUUUUAAAAGUUUAUUAUGUUGCUGAAUUCAAAAAAUAUACUACAGUCAUCACAAAGAAAUGAGCUUUUGAUACUUACACAUUUUUUUUAUCUUACAGAUGCUCUCUGAGCUAAAACCAGUUCAACUUGAGUCUUUGAGAUGUCCUGAAAUAUUAAAGAGCUCACAAAUUCUCUGCGAGUUGCAGAACGGGGGGUUUGCUUGAAUUUUGAGCAAGUUUGAAAAAAAAAUUGUGUGAAAAACUUUCUCUCACAAUACUUUUGGUCAUUGCAGGAAUCUGUAACCCUGCUGAAAACUUCCUCAUUUUUGUUCCUAGUCAGAAAGGGUGAGAAGGUGAGGCAACCUUUGGAAGGGUUGGCGGACAAAAAUCUUAAACUAUGAGCAUAAAAAUCUUACAAUUAAAAUGAAGAUUAACUGCAAACAAAUGAAGAAAUAAUUAAAACACCGCCUCUAAAUCAUUGGUCAUUGAAGCUGCCAUUUAUUUGCAUCAAGUUUCUUAUUGAUUAAGAUUUGCACAUUUUGUGUUUCCAUAUUUGCAGUUGCAGCACUUGAGAGCUUUUUACUUAAGUCUUUGUUUAGUUUCAAAUCAUGAUGAAUUAGUUUCAGUCUCCUAGAAUAUUCUUAUGCUUUUCAGCAGUUAAACCCCAGCGCUUUGAGACAUCAUAACACAAAACAACCACAGAGAUAAUUAAAUCUGCUGUGGUAAAACAUCUGUUGAUGACCAAAGACAGAUUAUGUUGUUCCAUAAGCACAGCUUGGUUUUCUUUUGUUGAGGUGUCUGAGUGCUGAAGGGUUCUGGUAACGCUUUACCAAAUAAACACUGGUGUGAGCUGGAGUUUAAAAGCAUGACUAAGAGAAACAACACUAUUCCAUUGAGUUUGUGUAAUGGGAGAAGAGCAUGAACUCCUGAGAUUUUAUUUAAAUUUUAAAAUUUAGACAUUUUAACAUUAAAAUUGUAACUUUUGCCAAAAUUCUGUGAAUUUUGUUAUCAAAAUCAGACUUCAUUUUCAGAUUCUUACCGCCUAGUGUUGGAACGAUUACGCACGGCACGCCGCCGUGACGCACCAUUUCCUCCGCUCUGGUGUGACUUAAACCUUUGACAUGACAGGUAAUCUCACCAUGUGGGGCCUCGGUCCCAAUUUGGAGGCGGGCUGUAAUUCAUUCAAAUGUGCCGAUGCUAUAAAAGAGGGGCGGGAGUUGCAAGUAACCCAACUUCAACUUACAGGAUCGAGGCGCAGCGCGAGACGCAGGUUGUCAUGAUAAGUGAUGAUGAACACCAUCAAAGCCAUUAAAAAUGCAGUAGUCUGUUUGGUCCUGCUGCCCCGCUUCCUGAUGGCGGCCGUUGUGUUCUGGCUGCUGGACUUCUUGUGCAUAAGGAAAAGGUUUUUUUUUAGGAUGAAAGAGCAGGGAGGAGAUGCCAUUGAUCCUCCUCUUUGCAUAUCGGACUCCAAUCGCCUCUUCAGCUUUGAGUCCCUUAAAGCUGUCUGGCACGGACAGAAGCUGGACUUUCUGAAAGCAGCGCAUCUUGGACAAGGUGCGCCAAACACGGAGGUGGUCCAGCUGGAGGACCAGCGGCGCAGACGCAUCCUGGAGUGCGCCGCUGACAAGAGACCGCUCAUCCUCAACUUUGGCAGCUGCACCUGACCGCCGUUCAUGUCGCGUCUGAAGGCUUUCCAGGGGGUUGCGCGGCAGAACGCAGACAUAGCAGACUCUGUGGUGGUGUACAUUGAAGAAGCGCAUCCCUCUGACGGCUGGGUGAGCACUGACGCGCCGUAUCAGAUCCCGAGGCACCGGUGUCUGGAGGACAGGCUGAACGCGGCGCAGCUGAUCCACCUGGAGGUACCCGGCUGCCUGGUGGUGGCGGACAGCAUGGAGAACUCCUCCAGCGCCGCGUAUGGAGCUUAUUUUAACAGACUCUAUGUAGUGCAAGAGGGACAGGUGGUCUACCAAGGUGGCAGGGGACCUGAAGGGUACCGGAUCUCAGAGCUCAGAGACUGGCUGGACCAACACAGAAAAAAGCUGGAAGCUCCCAAUAAUCUGGUCAUAAAUGUUGAUUAAACUCCGUUUAAAUAGACCCUUUCAGCAACUAUAUUUAUAAAUCUGAAUUUAUCCAACAUGUAUUUGUCAGGUAUUCAGCUUUAAUGUUAAUAUUUAGAGAUUUAUUCACUCAUUCAUCCACUGUUUUUUGUUUCUUCAAACGCAAAAAGUACUUUUAUUGUCAAACUCUUUUUUUCAGCCCUUUUCCCAUCAGAGAUGUGCAUCACCUUUCUCCCCAGUAUAGUUGUGAAGUUCGGUUUUUAAACGGAAAGAGUCCAGAAAACCGGCACUGAUGUGUUUUAUACUGGAGAGCAGGCUGGAUGAGCAGCUCUCUGUCCUUCAUGGCAGCAUGUUUUGUUAGAGAAAAUCUAUUUAAUUGAUGUAUUUUUCAUUCAAUAAAUGUUUUUUGAUCAACUGA